AUUAUUCAUGGUGGUUGGUCCUACGUCACCACGCUGAGUCCGAGCUGUGCUCUGCCACGUCAUCGAGCGGCGACGUUCUGUUCAUAUUGUAAACAUUCCCCAGCAGUUGCUGGCGACCAAAAGGGGGGAACUCAUGGAUAAUCUUGUAAAGGUGCACGGAAGUGGCGGCUAUGACUCUGACUUCAGUGAUGAUGAGCAGGGAGAGUCCUCAGAGAGAGGCCUUAAAAGGAAACGCGAGGAGGAGAUCUUACAGAAACCAUUCCAGAAAGGUCGGCACUCGAAGGUGGCUCACCGGAGUUCACACUCAAAUGAAGUGGACAGGGAGGAAGCCAGGAACAGAAGAGCCCACCUGAUAUCAAUGAAUGCUUUUGAGCGACAUAAGAAGUUUGUCGGUGACUACAUACUUUAUUAUGGAGGACAGAUGGCCGACUUCAAGCGCUCUGCAGCCAAGGACAUAACGGAUCAGGACGUGCUGCGCGAGAAUCAUCGCUUCCUCUGGAGGGACGAGGACGAGGAAGACAUGACAUGGGAAAAAGAACUUGCCAAGAAGUAUUACGACAAGCUGUUUAAAGAGUACUGCAUAGCUGACCUGAGUAGAUACAAGGAAAACAAGUUUGGAUUUCGUUGGCGGACUGAGAAUGAAGUCGUCUCUGGCAAAGGUCAGUUCCAGUGUGGAAACAAGCGCUGCGAGAAGCAGGACGGCCUAAAAAGCUGGGAGGUGAAUUUUGCCUACGUGGAGCGCGGCGAAAAGAGAAACGCAUUGGUCAAACUCAGAGUAUGCCCUGAAUGCUCUUUUAAACUCAACUACCACCACAAAUUUUGCAGUGUGAGCACUGGUCUGCUGGAAGUAGGGCAGGUCACCACGGACAGUCAGCGGACCAUAUUUUGCAGUAUCCAGAGGAGGAAAGAAGUGAAAGUCAUUAAGAAGGCCAAAAGGUUAUCAGAGGAGAACCAGGAGCCACCAGAGAAGAAGAAGAAGAAGAAGAGGAGGAGGUCGUCUUCACACUCCAAGAAGCACAAACGAAGGAGGCACAGAGAUCGCUCCGCCUCCUCCAGCGGCUCGGAGGAGUCGAAGGACUCAGACAAAGAUUCUGAAGCUGGAGACGAGCCAGAGGGCCAAUCAGAAGCCGACCACUGGCGAGGACCCGCCCCCGCUGUGGAGGAAAAGUCAAGGGAGGAGGAGUUCGAUGACUACUUUGAAGACAUGUUCCUUUGACUCGGCUGGUACCGGCGGCAACCCUGCUGUGACUACACUUCCUCCUGCACGCUGUGACAUUAAGCAUGUUCAGUUUGAGCCUUGUGUGCAUGUAGGUCCCUUUGACUGUAUGUUUCAGCGCUGCUGCGGAAAUAAACACAAUAUUUAUCCUGA